CGCCCGGAAGUCGCGGCGGGGGCGUGACGUAUAUCCGGCGAGUAGCUGGCGGUCCCUGGUGCUGCUGUCUGUGUGCAGUAAGGGAGGGUCUUAGCCGCCUGCCACCGCCGGAGGAACCCUCUCGGGCCGUAGUAAACAUUAAUAAUGUCUUUCAUCUUUGAGUGGAUCUACAAUGGCUUCAGCAGCGUGCUCCAGUUCCUAGGACUCUACAAAAAAUCUGGAAAACUUGUAUUCUUGGGUUUGGACAAUGCAGGCAAAACCACUCUUCUUCACAUGCUCAAAGAUGACAGAUUGGGCCAACACGUUCCAACACUGCAUCCGACAUCAGAAGAGCUGACAAUUGCUGGAAUGACUUUUACAACUUUCGAUCUUGGUGGGCAUGAGCAAGCGCGUCGGGUUUGGAAAAAUUAUCUCCCAGCAAUUAAUGGGAUUGUCUUUCUGGUGGACUGUGCAGAUCAUUCUCGCCUCAUGGAAUCCAAAGUUGAGCUUAAUGCUUUAAUGACUGAUGAAACAAUAUCCAAUGUGCCAAUCCUUAUCUUGGGUAACAAAAUUGACAGAACAGAUGCAAUCAGUGAAGAAAAACUCCGUGAGAUUUUUGGGCUUUAUGGACAGACUACAGGAAAGGGGAAUGUGACUCUGAAGGAGCUGAAUGCCCGCCCCAUGGAGGUGUUCAUGUGCAGCGUGCUCAAGAGGCAAGGCUACGGCGAGGGUUUCCGCUGGCUCUCCCAGUAUAUUGACUGAUGUUUGGACAGUGAAAAUAAGAGUUUUACGUCUCUGGACUGAUCCUA